UGGGAGCAGAGGCGGCGAGAGGGCGGAGUCGGAGGGGCUGGGGCCUGGCCGGGAGGGCGCUCGCUUGAGGGGGGCGCUUGACGGCUUCGCUGCUUUCCUCCGCGCCACCGACUCGUUUUCCCUGGAGUUGCGAGGAAGGGCACGCGUGCGCUGAAUUGUCAGCCCCAAGGGGACCCAGGAUGUUGCGCUUUCGCCUUCUCCCUGCUGUGAUGAGUUCAGCUGCCAUUUCUAGGCGAUACUAUGGAACAGUGCAUUCUACCCGCAGCCGCCGGAGACUAAUGAUGGUGGCCUUUGUAGGAACAGCUGCAGUGGCAUCAAGCACUGGACUUCUGUUAAAGAGAGCACGUGCAGAAGCACCAUCAUCAGUGAAACAUGAUAUACGAGCAGAACCUGGCGAGAAGGUGAAGAGCAGAGAAGAACAAGGGAAUGAAGAGAGUGACAACGGGAAGGCUGUAGAAUCAAGUGAUGAGGAUGCUCAGGCAGAAGGGAAGAAGAAGAAGCGCUCUGGAUUUCGGGACCGUAAAGUGAUGGAGUAUGAAAACAGAAUCCGAGCCUACUCCACUCCAGACAAAAUAUUCCGAUAUUUUGCGACUUUAAAAGUCAUAAAUGAGCAUGGAGAGUCUGAAGUCUUUAUGACCCCACAAGAUUUUGUGCGUUCAAUAACUCCAAAUGAGAAGCAACCAGAAAAUCUUGGCCUUGAUCAGUUUGUGGUGAAACGCUAUGAUGGGAAGAAAAUCUCCCAGGAAAGAGAGAAGUUUGCAGAUGAGGACAGCAUAUUCUAUGCCCUUGGAGAAUGCGGUCUGAUCUCCUUUUCAGAUUAUAUCUUCCUCACAACAGUCCUUUCUACUCCUCAGAGGAACUUUGAAAUUGCCUUCAAGAUGUUUGAUCUGAAUGGUGAUGGAGAAGUGGAUAUGGAAGAAUUUGAACAGGUUCAGAGCAUCAUUCGCUCUCAAACGAGCAUGGGCAUGCGUCACAGGGACCGCUCAACUACCGGGAACACCCUGAAGACUGGCUUCAACUCUGCGCUGACCACCUACUUUUUUGGAGCUGAUUUGAAGGGGAAGCUGACCAUCUCUCAAUUCUUGCAGUUCCAGCGCAAACUUCAGCAUGACAUUUUGAAGCUUGAGUUUGAAAGACACGAUCCUGUCAAUGGGCGGAUCACAGAGCGCCAGUUUGGCAGCAUGCUGCUGGCUUAUAGUGGAGUCCAAUCCAAAAAGCUCACCCUCAUGCUGAAGCAGCUUAAGAAGCACUUCCAAAACGGAGAGGGCCUGACAUUUGAGGAGGUAGAGAACUUCUUCACAUUCCUGAAAAACAUCAAUGAUGUGGAUACAGCUUUAAGUUUUUAUCAUAUGGCUGGAGCCUCUCUUGAUAAAGACACUAUGAAGCAGGUGGCCAAGACGGUGGCGAAAGUGGAGCUGUCCGACCAUGUGUGUGACGUGGUUUUUGCUCUUUUCGACUGUGAUGGGAACGGAGAGCUGAGCAACAAGGAGUUUGUCGCCAUUAUGAAACAGAGGCUCAUGAGGGGCUUGGAGAAGCCCAAAGACAUGGGUUUCACGCGACUCAUGAGGGCCAUGUGGAAGUGCGCACAAGAGACUGCGUGGGAUUUUGCCAUGCCCAAGCAAUAGCCGCAAGCCAGGAGGGAGGGCACCACGCGGACGGGAAGAAUGGAUACUGCUGAGCUGCCUCUGCAUGCUGAAGGCCAUCUUUUUUGAUGCUCAGUAGGUGAAGGCCUCCCCACAGGGGAUUACAACCAUCUGUUGCUGCAAAGAAAGAAAGGGAGGUCAGGGAAAAAAAGACUUGCCACGCGAAGACUGUUAACUACAAGCGUUCCUUUAGAAGACCUAAGGAGAAAUCUGAGCACACGAUGUCUUUGGCUUUUGUCUCCGACACGGCUGCUUCCACCACCGCUGCCCUUUGUCUUUAUCUCUCAGGAAGAAAAACAAAUGGACCACCAGAGCAAUUAGCUUUUGAAUAUUGCAGCCGCUUGCUUGAUCUUGGCAAUAAACUCCUGCCUCCGAUAAAAGGCUGAUUGUGGUGGACGCUUUGGAAGAACAAUACUGCUUGCCUCAGCUUUAGCCAGACCUUGAUGCAUCAUUGGGGCAGGCAAGCCACCGAUACUGUCUUGGCCUGAUCUGGAAAUUGAUUCGAAGCUACACCAAAAAAAAACAAGCCCUGAAGGGAACCUAACUUCUGUGAUAAAUGCCGGAACUUGUACUGUUCUUUUACGUUGUUUGUUACUUUCAAGGCAAGAUGAAAGGGUGAUGGGUGAAAAUGUUGCUUCAAGAGGCUCAUUUUUCUCCCCACAUGUCUCUCCCUUUCCUCAGCAUUUUUUUUUUGCAAGCUGUACAAAGAAAGGCUGUGAAGGCUGAGGAAUGGGGCAGCUCUUGUUCCAUUUUGUAAAAGCGUGAAGAAACUGGGCAGGUGCUAGUGGCUUUCUCCCACUCCCCUUCUCCGCAGUCCUGACUUCUCUGCGUGUAACCCAAAUGUUAUGUCCUCCCGUCUGCAAUUUUCCCUAUUAAUGAGUCCAUUUACUCAUCCUGAUUUGUUUUUCCGUGUUGUCUUGAAGCUGCUCUUCACAGAGCUCUUGCGCGCCUGUAAAAUAUUACUUUAAUUAUAAUAGUUCCCAACAAAAA